UGUAAAAGCAAUGGCCCUUGAGGAUCGUUGUAGUCCACAGAGUGCCCCAAGUCCACCCGGUGCCCCACAUUCACCACAAAGUACCUCAUCACCUCCAUUGCACGUUUUAGACAUGAGUAUGUCACAAAAUCCACAUCAUCCACAUCAUCUGCAACAGCUCCAUCAUCAUCCAAAUGGUAUGACAAUGGCUGCUAUUCAUCAUGCGGCAGCUAUGAAUCCGCUAUUAAUGCGUUAUCCAGUUAGUCCUUGUGGAAGUUUACAUGAUCAAUCACCGUUACAUCAUCAAAUUAAAGAGGAAGAAAGUGACUCGAUAAUGGGUGACGAAGAAAACGAACAGGACAUUAGUGUUACCGAUGAUGAUGAUGAUUUGAGCCAUCAACAUCAACGAUCGCCAGCUCCAAUUCCAGCAAUAACCUUUUCGAUCAGUAACAUUCUGAGUGAUCGUUUUGGACAUCCAACGCAAAAGUUACCUACACCAGUUUCGAAAAAGGAACAAACCAGCCCAAGUUCGAAUAACAUCUUCCGGCCAUUUGAACCAGCAUCACGAGUUCCUGAACGAUCAGCAUUUACCCGCUUGACUCCACCUGCGGGUGGCGAUGUUUUGGAUUUUUCACGCCAACAACAUCAAGCUGCAGCAGCUGCUGCAGCAAUGAUGUUGGAACGAGCUAGUUUUCUCAACUAUUUCAAUCCAGCGGCAUAUCCACGAAUUCAUGAGGAAAUUAUGCGACGGAGUUCAAAACCAGCGACGGCAGGUCCAACUGAAAAAAUGGCACCUCUUGGAAGUUUGUGUAAAGCUGUGUCACAAAUUGGUCAACCAUCACAGCAAAUGUCAUCUUCGUCAUCACCAGCGUUACAACCAUCAAUUCAAUCAUCAUGCAUGUCAAGCCCUCCACCAGCUUCGAAUAUAUCAUGCACUUCGUCAGCAUCUUCUUCGUCAUCAUCGUCAGCUUCAGGAAUUGGCUCCACAUCUUCAAAUACAUCAAGAAAGUGUAAUAGCCCCCAACCAAUUCCACCACCAUCGGUUGUAAGUCGGGAUUCUGGAAUGGAAUCGUCUGAUGAUACUCGCUCGGAAUCGGGUUCGACUAAGGACGAAAAUGGACAAAUGUGGCCAGCUUGGGUGUAUUGUACACGAUACAGUGAUCGUCCUAGUUCAGGUCCACGUUAUCGUCGUCCAAAGAAACCAAAAGACAAGACACAAGUUGAUGAAAAGAGACCUCGCACAGCGUUUUCUGGAGAGCAGUUAGCAAGAUUGAAACGUGAAUUUACUGAAAAUCGUUAUCUAACCGAACGUAGACGUCAACAAUUGAGUUCGGAAUUGGGUUUAAAUGAAGCACAAAUAAAAAUUUGGUUUCAAAAUAAACGGGCGAAAAUUAAGAAAUCAACUGGAUCGAAAAAUCCUUUGGCAUUGCAAUUGAUGGCGCAAGGUCUUUACAAUCAUACAACAGUUCCAUUGACAAAGGAGGAAGAGGAAUUGGAAAUGCGAAUGAAUGGACAGUUGUAUGAUGGUUAAAAAAAAAAUCAUACAAAAACGGAAUAGAACAAUCCUGAUCCUUGUGCAAUAUUUAUUUAAAAAUUUUAUUUUAUUUUUUUUUUAUAUAAAAAAUCAUAAAUUUUGUAAAUAGAAGAAAGAAAAUUUAAAAACAUUAAAUCAUCCAUUAAUGAGACUAUUAAUUUUAUUUAU